UUCGUGCAGAGUUGGAGAAAAUGUCUUCAAAAGAAACAGUAAGUAUAGUAGGGAGUGAGGUGAUGCCCCUGGACUAUGGGAGCAUGGACUCGGAGAGUAGUCCAUCUCCAUCUAGUUCGGAGAAAACAGUGGAGGGGGUGAGAGGAGAUAAGGUGGUGGAGGUUGGGGAGGAUGAGGUGGUGGGGGUUAGGGGGAAUGAGGUGGUGGGGGUGGGAAGGGAUAGCAUACCCAUCACUGUGGUAGAAGUAGAGGGUAUGAGAGAGGGAGAUUAUGAUGUGAAUGCAGAGAUAGUGGAGGAGGUGAAGCAGUAUAGACCAGUUGGGGUGGAGGAAAGGGCAUGUUCUGCACCUCGGGAUCAUUGGAUGCCUGUGUACGCCCACUAUUUGAUAGCGGGGCUGAGGUUUCCAAUUCCUAAGCUACUAGUAGGGGGUAGUAAGAGGGAUAAGGGGUGGUAUUAUUUCACCCCUAGGGUAGCUAGUAAGGAGAGUAGGUCUUUAUUUACUGCGGGUCCUUCAUCCAUUAAAGGAUGGAAGGAAAAUUUCUUUUUUGUAGAUGAUACGGAGUGGGAGAGGGGGGAUACCAAGGUGAGGGAGUUAGCAUCCUGGAAGGCUAAAAGAGCCAACCAAAAUAGGUUUAGUUUAAAUGAGGAUGAGGAGGAACAAGUGAGAAAGUUGGUGAGGAAGAGGGGGGAUUUACUGAACAUUAUGGACCUCACCAACGCACAAUGCAUAGAAGCUGUUGAGCUCUAUGGGCCAAGCGCUUUAAGUGAAGCUGAAAUGGAUCAGUUUUUGAACACUGUUAGAGGAGUGACCAUCCCCAAGAAGCCAAGGAAGAAGUCAAAGACUUCAACCAAGCAAGUGGAUGAGGGGAGGGCUGGGAAGAAGGUAGUGCCCACCAUUUCAGCUGAGGUGGAGGAGGAGGUGCCACAAUUGAAGAGGAAGGGUUGGGAGGAGAGGAAGGCACUACAGAAGAAGAAGAAGGUGGUGGAGGAGGAGGAGAGGGGGAGCGAGGUUCCCCAGUUCGUACCUCAGCCUCUUCCUGUUGAGCUGGACCCUAAGCUCAGACAGUUGGAGGAGGGGGUUGAGGUACGAGCUCCCGAGCGCGAGCUAGGUGAAUGGUCUAGCCCAAAGUUCAUGGAUAGCGUGAAGAAGCGCUCCCUCUUGCAGAGGCAGACCUCCGAAAGCGAGCGUGAGGCUCAGGCGAAAGAAAUAGCGCUGAUGAAGGAUGUGUUCAUGGAGCUGAAGGAGAAUGUGCAGGUGUUGGUGCACAAUGGGAUGAAGGAGCACAUCAGCAACUUCAUCAGCUCCAGUUCAUUUGACAACAUCGUCAACUUGUACCGGCUGCCCACUGCCAUCAUUGCCUUCACGGACUGCAGAAAGAAGAUCAAACUGAGGUGGGAGCUUGAUGUAGACGGAUGUGCUGUUUUCCCUCCACAGUUCGACUUCGAGUUCGUGGCAGUGGAGGAAGAAGGGGCAGAGGUAGAGGAAGACGAAGUGGAGGCAGGAGUGGAAGGAACUGAAAUGGAUGAGAGCCAACUAGUUCCAGAAGUGAAAAUUCAUCCAGUUCCUUCUGACGAUGAGCAGCCUCCUCUGCCAGACGAGCAGCAGCCAACACAACCACCUCCGCCAGCAGAGAAAUAAUUUUUGUUUUUUGAUUUUUGUAAAAACAUUUAAACAAUUUGUAAUACCGUUGUUACUUAAAUGACAAUUCAGUUUUGAAAUCAUGUGUUUGUUUAUGUUUGCUUUAUAUUUGUGUUAUUUUUUAUUAAUAAAAGAACUGAGAUUAU